AUGUUUCAGGACUUAUCACGUCCAGCGGUUGCUGCUGAUACAUUGUCAACAAAUGUUAUUGCGGUAGGAAAUUCAUUAUCUCAGCAAUCUAAUACCUCAUCUGGUAAAAAGAAGAAAAAAGGCGGUCGAAACAAUAAAUGUUUGGUGGAUGGUGCUUGUCUUGGCUUCAAAAGUACUGCUGAUCCAAACCGUGUUAAUAUCGGUGAAAUUGAUACUAUAGCUCCGAAUGUAAUCGAUCGUUCGCGUCGUUGA